AUGUAUAACAAGACUAGUGCGACGCUGAUGUUGCAGACCAUAAUGGUGUUGAUGGAUAAACAGAAUUCCACCGAUGUCACCAACUUCCCAAGCACUUUUAAUGAUGAUGCGGAGUUGGAGCGUUGUUACGGAAUUUACGGAUGCUUUUCAAAGGCGUAUCCUUGGACGGAACACCGGCCUGAUAACUUUUUCCCUGUGCCGCCAGAAGCAAUGGCUGUUAGAUAUCCAGCGUUUACUAGAAGAAAUCGAAAGAUACCGGUUCUGUUUGAGGCGGAUAAUAAAGAAAAAAUUGCGAAUGCGAAUCUUGAUCCUAGGGGACCAUUUUAUUUUAUUUCUCACGGAUUCUUAGAAGGAGGACAUAAACCAUGGAUUCAAAAUAUGGCGGACGCUCUUCUAAACCUGGAAGGUAAUGAAGGAGCUACAGUUAUCGUGGUGGACUGGCGAGGUGGUUCUCAACCUCCUUAUGGACAAGCUGUGGCCAAUAUACGACUUAUUGGAGUUAUGACUGCACACUUGAUACAUAACAUUUAUGAAGUGCUAGGAUUGCAACACAUAGAUAACUUCCACUUCAUCGGGCACUCUUUGGGAGCUCAUUUAGGCGGAUACUGUGGGCAUGCUUUGCAAAAGAGGUUCUACUUGAAGCUUGGACGUAUUACUGGAUUGGACCCUGCAUCUCCUUACUUCGCUAGGACCGUAACGCUAGUCCGCCUCGACAGAUCCGACGCUAAAUAUGUGGACAUCAUCCAUAGCAACGCAUUGCCCCUGUACUUCUCAGGAUUUGGCAUGUCCGAGCCAAUAGGUCAUGUGGAUUUCUACCCCAACGGUGGUAUAACACAGCCUGGUUGCAAGCAGUCGAGCUCGCCGAGCGGUGGAUCCGGCGACUUGUCGUACCAACAGAUUGCCAAGUUCGUCGGCUGCGACCACGAGAGGAGUUAUGAGUACUUUAUUGAGAGCGUGGCCCCUUCAUGCCCCUUCAUGGCAGUUCAAUGCGAGUCUUAUGAUGCAUUUCUGGCUGGUAACUGUACGAGUUGUGACAAUCAUCACUAUUGUAUACCAAUGGGAUACCAUUCUUACGGCAUCUACAAGCGACUGCAGGCGGGCGGCCUUGUUGAUACCAAUUCUAAUAUCGCGCUGUAUGCUCUUACUGGCAAUAGUAAACCUUUUUGCAGAGUGCAUUACGAGGUGGUACUGAAGGUGGCUAACUCUACAGCGAGCAUCACUCACGGCCCUGAAUCUGGAAAACUAUCCAUCACAUUAGUCGACAGGAACAACAACAAAAGUGAUCAUAUGUUUUUGGAAGAAGAACAAAAGUUCUACAAACCCGGUGUGAUCGAGAAAAAGAUGGUGGCAGUGAAAGAUACAGGCCAUCCACCUGUGUUUGUGAUCGUCGAGUGGAAAUAUGAGACAAAUUUGUUCAACCCCAUGACUUGGAGACUGUUGAAGAGCCCUAGCAUCUACGUCGAGUAUAUGAAGCUGUCUUCAAUUGAAUAUAACACAGAUAUUACAGUGUGCCCCAAACGGAAUAAGCCAGUCGUCGCCAAUCUGCCAACGAUAAUGAAGCCAAAAUAUUGUAAAUUCAGUAAAUAG